AUGGAGAAUGAAUUUCUUAGUAAAGUCAAGGAUAAUGCAUCCGUUCGUGCAUGGUCGGAGAGGCUACAAUCAGAGAGAGGGGAUAGCUUGGCAGAAGGGUAUAUAUCAGAGUUGCAAGAUUUCACUCGCGUCAACGUAGCACAGAAUGAGCUCCAAGAGUUGAGAGACAUUUGGGCUAGUUGGGAUGAAGGGACCAAGCAGUUGUUUUAUCAAAGCUACGGUGAUAUAUCCUACUUACUAGACAUUAGAGUGGACAAGCAUCUAUUUCAGGUUAUAGUUCAGUUUUGGAAUUCUGCGUAUAAGUGUUUCACUUUUGGAGAAGUGGAUUUAGUACCUACCAUAGAAGAAUACACUACUCUACUCAGGUGCCCAAAAAUUCAGGUCAGAAAGACUUAUGCCCGGGUUUUUAAUAGUCAGGCUGUCGUAAAGAAAUUGAUGAGCAUUUCAGGGAUGAACGAGCCUUGGGUCGCUACUCGGAUUCAACAAAAAGAAGAUAGUAAAUAUGAAAGAAAGAGGGUCGAUAUCUUCGCCUUAAGCAUCUACGGAUUAGUAAUCUUUCUUAAGGCUUUAAGCAACGUGGAUAAGGCAGUCAUUGACUUAUUCGAUCGCCUUGAUAAGGGAAUCACACCGGUACCGGCGAUAUUGGCUGAGACAUUUAGAUUUUUGAGCUCGUGCCGAAAGACGGGCGAGGGACGGUUUAUUGAAUGUGCACAAUUGUUAAUGGUAUGGUUUCAUGGGCACUUUUGGAAAGUAGACAAAGUUUCUUACCGGGUCUUUUCCGAAGGUUAUUCCCUGUUAAAAGAAGAGACAACUAUACAAAGGAGAGAGGAUAUCUCGGAAGAGAAGUGGAUAGACAUUCUUCAGAACCUCAAGGAGGGGGAUAUCGAGUGGAGAGCUUAUUGGAUGGUUCCUGAUGAAAUCAUGUACCGAUGUGGUAACUUUGAUUGGGUGCCGUUGUUAGGAAUUUGGAGAGCUACAGGGUAUACUCCAUUACUUGCGUUAAGGCAAUAUAAGUCAAGGCAGUUUGUACCCACGACCUACGGACUUGCUCAGAGUGAAUUCUCUUUUAAGGGUGCUCACUAUAAGAAGAGAGUUCAGGAUUUAUCAGAUGCUUGGAAGCAAACUUGUUAG